AUGAGAGUAUCUGCCUUGCCAGCUCAAGCGCCUGCAAUCACGGGCUCGACUACAGCCAAACGCAGGGGUCGCAAAUCUAACAAAACGCCGACUAUACACAAAUGCAUUAUUACAGGCUGUAGUUCCGAAUUUGACAGGAAAUAUACCCUACAGCAGCACAUAUUCACUCACCUCCCCAAAAGUCAACGGCCCUUUGCUUGCACUCAUGAGGGAUGUUCCAAGAGGUUCAACCGGUGGGCUGAUAAAAUGCGCCAUGAGCGAGUUCAUACGGGCGAGUCUUCCUUUCAAUGUAAAUUUUGUGAAACCAGCUUCAGUCGACCCGACGCUCGUUUGAAUCAUUAUCGUAGAGUCCACAGAGAAUAA